CAUUUUCAACGCAACCAAAACGCAAAGAAACAAGAAAACAAGAAGCUCACUAAAUAUCUCACUGCUCUUUUAGAUAUUUUAACAUCAACAGUAAAACGAAAACAUAAACAUAAACAAAAAUGGCUGCAACACUAUCAGCAAAUUCAAGUGUUCUCUACAGAGAAGCUUGCCAUCAAAGAGAGCAGCAGCAGCUAUGGAGUGCUUCUGCUUCUGGGAAUUGUUUGUUACUGCAAAAAAGUGCUUCUGGGUUAAGCAGUAGAAAGCAUAAUAAGAAGAAGAUUAAUUUGAGAAGAGAUGUGAGAGUUGAAGCUUUGUGGCCUGAUUUAUCAAGACCAACUUCUGUAGAUAUGGAAGCCAUCAAUGAUGGCGAUGAGCUUGACCAGAUUUUGGCUCGCGCUCAAGAGCUUUCUCAGCCUGUUCUCAUAGACUGGAUGGCUUCUUGGUGCCGGAAAUGCAUCUAUUUGAAGCCUAAGUUGGAGAAAUUGGCAGCUGAAUAUGAUACCAAAAUAAGGUUUUACUACGUAGAUGUCAACAAGGUACCUCAAGGUUUAGUCAAGCGUGGAAACAUCUCUAAAAUGCCAACAAUUCAGAUAUGGAAAGAUGGUGAGAUGAAAUCAGAAGUAAUUGGAGGGCAUAAAGCAUGGCUUGUGAUUGAAGAAGUAAGAGAAAUGAUCAAGAAGUUUAUAUGAUGAAUUGCAUGCUAUUGUUCAUGCUUUAUAUAUACAAUUUACUUUUUUUCCUACAGAAAAAUCAUGUACAUAAUUCCAAGUUUUCCAUUCGAAACCUCAACAAAAUUUUGAUUUUGCAAAUUGUAAGUCCCAACUUACUAAUCGUCACACCGCUUACCUAUGUAUGCACCCUUUAAAGUUAACGACGAUUACUCAUCUAAAAGUAAAUCACAAUAUUAAAGUAGUUUCAAUGUUCGGAAACUUUAUAUGGUGUUAUGUUGCUGGAGUAACGAUGUCUAGUAGAGCAAGACCAUUUGGAGAGGGUGUAAUGGUACAUUAAAAAUGUAUGUGACAUAAAGAAUUUUAAAUGCAAUACAACCAAUUCGUCGCUUUGGCCGAGUGGUUAAGGCGUGUGCCU